AUGACAGAAGAAGAGCUUCAUCAAUUGGAAGAAAUGGAAUUCAACACAGGACCAUUAUCAGUUUUACAGCAGUCAGUAAAGAACAAUACUCAGAUAUUAAUUAACUGUAGAAACAAUAGGAAGCUGCUUGCAAGAGUUAAAGCAUUUGAUCGGCAUUGUAACAUGGUGUUGGAGAAUGUAAAAGAGAUGUGGACCGAGACACCCAAAGCAGGGAAAGGGAAGAAAGCUAAACCUGUGAAUAAGGAUAGAUUCAUCAGUAAAAUGUUCCUGAGAGGCGAUUCCGUGAUUCUAGUAUUGAGAAAUACUGUUUGA